CGCCAUUGCACUAUUUCUAAUUAGAUAUUGUCAGUCGCAAGACUUGGUAGAGUAAUAUGGACUCCUCCAAUCCUCUGAAUGGUCAUCACGCCACCGGCAAUGGUGUGUCAGCUACCGGCAGCGGCGCAGCCAAUACGCCCGCCUCUACUCCGCAAUCGACAACGGCCAUAGCACCAGCGCCGUCGCAGAUGUCUAACUUCCCAGCCAACAAUAGCACCACUACUGGUCCCAGCUAUCCUCAGUUCUCCGCAUCUACUGCCGCCAUUCUUGAGCGACUCCACGGAAAAGGUAGUCAUGCCUCCGGAAGUGCUGCGUUCGAAGCAAAGAGGGCGGAGAUACUGCAGAACUACGUUACUAGCGACAAAUUGCCGACACCCUCCCCAAUCUUAAACAGUGGCCGCAGAGGGAAAGCAGGAGGAAGACUUGAAAUGCCAGGUGCCCUAAAGUCGGAAGUGGGCACAUCGCCUGCCGGUGCUUCAUCUGCGCGAGCGUCAGGUCGAGGGCGCGGGCGGGGACGAGGAAGAGGACGAGGAAGAGGCGGCAAGCGGAAGCGCUCUGAGAGUGAGGAAGAUGAGCAUGACGAUGACGAUUCCGACAUCUCAUCCUCAUACACACCACUCCCUACACAAACGAAGUCCGGUCGAAACGUGAACAGGCCAGUCGCAUUCGUACCAACACUACCAGAACCAUCACAAGGCGUCAAGCGGAGGAAGUCAACCAAGACUUUACUUGCAGCAAAGUGCAAGACAUGUCACCGAGAAACAGAACCCUCAAACAAUCGCAUAGUAUUCUGUGAUGCGUGUAGUACCGCGUACCACCAAUACUGUCAUAACCCACCUAUUAGCAACGAAGUUGUGACGGUGCUUGAGAAGGAGUGGCUAUGUGGGCCAUGUGUACGGUCGAAGCAGAGCGUAGUGGAAGGAACACAGGAUCUGGUCGCAGCACAGAAUCUAUCCAUAGAUGAGAAACGCGCCUAUUUCUCAACCCUCCAACAGCAUCAAUUGGUGGGCCUACUACUCACAGCUACGAUUCGGCACCCGGAACUCCCCAUCUUCCCACCAAACGUGCAAGACCUAAUACCCGACCCUACAGCGAUCAAAUCUCAGCCGCAAGCACCUCCAGCUGGACAACGCUUCCCACAACCGCAAUACCAACCACCACCCGCAUUCCAUACCAAAAUAACCUCUCCACCCAGUGGCCACACCACUACAACAAGCCAUACCCCACACUCCCACAACUUCUCCGACGUAGACCCCGCGGAAGCACAACUCCUGGGCGAGUUCCGCUCGCAAAAACCGCAAGCGCAACCACGCACCACCAUUGACCUUGCAGGAAACCAAUACGAGGAAGACGACGGCUACGACACCGAUCCGCCAGCACAUUACCCCAAGGCCGGCAACGGGUUCGCCAGGACACUACGGCCCGAGAGCGAGGAUUUGAAUUGGCUCGUCGAUGACAAUUUUGAAGUCUUUAGUCAUGGUUGGAAGGGCGAUGGGACGGGUAUGGGAGCGGAUGGGACAUUGGAUGGCAUGGGUGGUGGAUCCAAGGUGGCCUAGGAUGCUACUGAAAAGGCUAAGCUAUCCACGAAAGGGGAGAGAGCUGGAGGUGAGGGGGUGGGUAGUCCGCUUACAGAUACGAGUGAUAUCCUUUCGGAGAUGGACAAUGAUGAUAUUCAGAGACUGGCUGAAGAGGUCGACGCGAUGAGCUAAGUCAAGUUUUAGCUAAGUUUUAGCUAGAACACGGAUUGCCACUAUCAAGUAUUCGGUAGCUCGAAGCUUCAGCCAAGAUCCUAUAAAUGGGUGACUUCCUGUUAUUUUCUACUCAUAUUUGUAGUCUCUCCUUGAUCAUUUUUGGUUGGCACGUCAAUCCCAUCCUCUUCUCGAUGAUAGCUAGCAUAUUGCCGGCUAAUACGAGCCUAAUAUAUCGCAAUUUUUCUUCAAAACCGUAGAACUACGCCUAGGUUGAAAGAUAAUAGAAUAGAGCAAAACAAAACAAGAUAUACCUG